UAUAUUUUAUUCAUUAAGGGUAUAAAUGAUAUUAACCACUUGAACUUCUAACGUGAGAGCUCGAUUCCAAAAAUUUACUUCGCAAAUAAUAGUAUAGAUUUUCAUUUUUGUUAUAUUCAUAAAAUUUAGGAUUUUAGUUAUAAGAAUAAAUAAAUAUGAUAAUUUGAACAAUUAAUCAUUUGUUUUUUUUAUCAGUUUCAGUUUACAUAGUUUUCACUUGUUAACUGUAUAUAUAUAAAUAUCUAGAUUUAUGUUUAUUGUUUAUUUUUCCAAUUAAUGAAAAAAUAGAAAAAAUAUCUUAUAUAGAACUAUUUUGUGCAUAUAGUGUAAAUAUAUAAUUAUAUAUAUAUAGUUUCUUUAAAAAGAAAAACAGAAAACCCGGUUCAACUGGUUGAAUUAGUCAAUUCAAUCAACUAGUUGGUAUACCAAAUCGGUAUCUGGUCCGGUUUUCAAAACAAUUUACAGAAAACAUAAUGUUAGAAUCCUGUGUGAAUGAAUUACAUGUCAUGAGAUAUGUGUGUGAAUGAAUGACAUAUGCAUUCAACGUGACAAGAUAUUUGGCGAUCGAGCACACGAAGAAGUAACUUUUACAUCCACUACCGAAGGUAUUAGUUUAAGUAAAUCUGUUUGACCACAUUAAAGAAGAGUAAUUUGUUUGACAAAACGGUUUUUGUAAUUAAGAAACCAUCGAUUAUAGACGUAUAAUGGUCAUCAUGAUUCUCAGUCAUACCAUCAUCGUCAUAAAUUUGCUAAUAACAUCUCAUUUUUUCUGAACUUUGCUAAUAACAUCUCUUACUUCGUCCUUUCACGAGAUUUUGAAUAAUCGUAAAAGAAUGCAAUUUUUUGUUGAUUUAGAAACGAUACUUUCCAAAAUAUAAAAUUGACAUUUACAAACGUUCUAAUACCAACUAUUAAACGAUGAUAUCUAAAUUGUCAACAAACUUCAUUGACAAAUGACAACUAAAACAAAAAUGUUGGCUUUGUUUAUAUUUUCGCUGUGCAUCAUGCGAAACAAAACUUGGAUCUGCAAAAUCUUGGAUAGCCUUUACUUAUAAAUAUAUCACCAUCAUAGUAAUACAUCGUGUCAAACAUUUACCACGAUAAAGUCGUCAAAAAUCUAAAGCUUACGGAACCUCUUACGUCAUACAUGGCUGAUGGAGAAGGGACACGAUCAUUGUAACACUAACAACACCCAUCAAAGAUUCGGUUCAACACUUGCAAACUCGCACACUUCAUGCCUCUCAGAUAUGUUUGUACAUACUUUAUAACCAAAAUACCAAUAUGAUAAUAAAAUAAUUAUCUUGCCGGACUAUAAAGGUUCAAGAACAUGGACCGACUUUAUGUAGGGCCAUAUAUUAUAUACAUUUAUCGUUUUAUUUAUAAUUAGCUAUUUGGAGUUUUAGCCUAGGGUGUAGUGUUGCCUUCAUCACGUUUUCUGUUUUCUGUUUGAGUUUUUUUUUCAAGUAAGCGAAGAUUAAAUCUGCUUGUCACGUUAUAAACCAUAUUAUCGCUAAACACUUAGUAUCAGUUCCCCACGAACUACAUGUAUUCAUCGUUGACUGCAUUAUAUAUACAUAUUUGAAGAACACUUUCUCUAUAUCAAAAAUUGUUGUACAUUUUGCAUAUAUACUUCUAAGUUUGAUACCAAGCACAGUACAAUAUAUUGGAUUACACAUAUAUAGAGUAAGAAAAGUAUUAUUAAACGGAAUAUUUAAGCUCAAAUUAAUAUAAUUUAUCAUGUUAUUGAAAUUACUUUCUUAACUGACAAUAUACGAAAUUAAUGUGUGAUGAUUGUCAUUAGGAAAGUUCUUUUAAAUUUUAGUUGCUUCACUUUUAUUGGAAAAUCAACAACCAAAAACUGUAUUCGCGUUCACCUGUUAAAAGUACCUUCUUUAUUUAUAUAUUUAAUGUCAAUUUUGUCUUAACUUUUAACUAAUGAAACUAAUUAAUGUAGCUACUAGCAAGUCUCAAAGUUGAUGUGUACAUUUCUAUUCUCCACUAACUCAACCAGAAGGUGCUCCACUUCCAUUGUAUAUCUUUCUUUGUUCUUGCACACAAAGAAAUAAAACUACUCAACUGCCAGCAACAAAUAAUAUUAUAUCGUUAAGCAAUAAAAUAAACAAUAAUUAGACUAAGGGCAACAUUAUCAAUAGGUCCCCAGAUGAAAGUCCCCAAAUGAAUAGUACAAGGAUUUACAAGGACUCACCUCAUUUGUCCCUUAUUUAAGGACUUUUUCUCUUCUUUUUUCCUCGGUCCUGAUGUUUUGUGGCCCCUCCCUCUCCUUAGGGACCCUUAAGGGACUAACUGAUAAUGUUGGCCUAAAGGGCCAAAUUGUGCUAAACCUACAAGUUUCAUGACCUCUACCUCCCUUACUAUAUAGUUGUCACAUUUGAAAGAAUUAUUUGGGCAAACAAAAGUCUAAAUCCCAUUUUUAGCUUCUCACAUAUUUCAUUUCUACAAUAUCCAACCACUCUUCAUCAAGCUUUUCUCUAAGAAAGUUCAAAUGGAAAACUCAGCACUGAGCAACUGCGUGAGGCGUACGAUAUUCUCUACUCAACAGAGAACAAUACAAGAGGGUCUAGAAGAGAGUAGUUGGACAAUGUACUUUGAAACCGAAGAUCGUACAUGCCAAUAUGAUGAUUCUUCCAUGAUCUCAGACGCUGCGUCCCCUAUGGCCUAUGUCGAAGAAGACACGGCUUCAUCUCCUUCCAAAAGAACCAAGGGUUACAGUGAAAUGGAAGACAAUACCACAGAAGAAAAAAGCAUGAGCAAUACUAAAACUGAGGUAAGAAACUUUCAACAUGUUUUUUCAGUCAUAAUUUCUGACACAAUUUUUCUGACACAAUUUUUCUGACGAGCUACAAAAAUAUUCUCACGGGUUUUAUAGGAGAAGGGAUUGAAUAAGAAAGGGAUAAUAAAUGAAGAUUAUUGCGCAGAAUUGAAGAAGCGAGGACUUUGCUUAGUUCCUUUGUCCAUGUUGUCCAACUAUAUUGGUUGAUACUUUGAUUGUUUUUUCAGUCAUAAUCUUUUAAUUUUUAUCGUGAAUUAUUUUUGUCUGUAAAAUCUAUAGAAUGGACUAGUAAAUGUAGUGAAAGUCGAAUCAAUGCUGGAUGAUGUACAUGUACUUUAUGUACAAAUUAAAUGCACUAGCAAGAGUGUAAGAUUUGUAAACAUUUCCGAACAUGUGUAAUAAAAAAGUUAACUUUUUAGCAAAAAAAAAUAAAAUAAAAAAGUUAACUUGUUUCCGUGUGUGUCGCUUGGUACAAUCAGGUACAUAUAUGUACGUUGAUAAGCCCUGAUGUCUAAUGAUUGAAGUGUCCAUUUUAUUAAAAAAUAUCCGGUUUAUUUUAGUGGUACGAUCGUCGUCAUUACUCAUUACAAAGUGAGAAUUAAUUAUAUAAAGAGUAUACAACCAUUCUAAAAUCAAAUUGGUGAUAAAAGUCUAGAUAAACUGACGGUUUCACUUCAAUACUCUGUGAUAUAGCUUAUCAAUUUUUGUAUUGAUUUUUUUUUUUGGUAGGAAUUUUUGUAUUGAUUGUGUAUGGAAUAAGUAAGAUAGAAAAUGUGUUAAAAAACUCUUCACAAAUCUUAAAUUUUUAUUAAGUGAAUUGAGGAAAAAAAAUCAUUCAAAUGGUUUAGACAUUAUACUUUCCAACUCUGAACAAAAACUAUUAUAAAAAUUAAUUGUAGAUUUCAGUUUACAAUCAAUCAUACAUUCCAUAAUUUAAAAAAUUCUUCAAAUUGAAUAAGAUAAGAAACUAUUUCUUAUAUAUCUUGCAAAAAUAAAUAUACGUAAUUAAACCUCAGAGAAUAGAAAGAAAACCUCAGACUGUGUUGAUUUGAAACAGCUUUUCUACAGAGAAAACCACAGAAUAGAAAGAAAGUUUUGUAUGACACUAUCUUAGUUUCUUGAUCUUUCCAUUUCUCUAUAUGCAAUAGAGAUGACGUCUCAGUACUAUGCACACAAGUAUAACUUUUUAUUCAUAUACAUGAGAAA